AUGUAUCCACCAUUUUCUGAAUUUGUUGUAUUUGUUAGAAAGCAAGCCAGGAUUCGCAACGAUCCAAGUUUUGCAUCAAGUGCUAAUGACAGUAACCAUGCUGUGUUUGUGCGUGACACGAAAAGCGCUUCACAGAACGGUUAUCGAAAGCCGCGUAUAAGUACUAGCAAAACUGAGAUCCAACCACCCUGUUAUGACACAGCAAGUAAAAUUGAGUGCAGCCUGCACAAAACAACCUCACAUUCAUUGGAAAAUUGUAGAACCUUCAUCAGCAAAACCUUCGCUGAGAAACGACGACUGUUGAAAGACAACAAACUGUGCUUUAAAUGUUUUGGCGUUGAUCAUGUCUCGAAAGAUUGUAACAAGAACAUUGUUUGCGGAAAAUGCGACAAGGCACACAACACUGUCAUGCACAUUGAUACCAACAGAUUUCAUGGCGGGGAGAGAACCUUUGAAAAUACCACCAAUGCUACGAACCAAGUUAACAACAAGUGCACCCAAAUAUGUGGAAAGCAAGGAUUUAGUGGCAAGUCCUGUGCUAAGAUUGUUCUGGUAGAUACUUACGCGAAAGGCUGUGAAAGCAACAAGAUUCGAGCUUACGCAAUUAUUGACGACCAAUCAAAUCGUUCGCUUGUCAGCCCUCAGUUGUUAGAUUCUUUGAAGCUUGACAGUCAAAUGGUCGAGUACUCUGUCACAUCUUGCAAUGGUGUGCGAGUUACAUCUGGCAGAGUGGCAAGUGGACUUAUGAUUGAGAGCCUGAAUGGGGAUGUAGAUUUUGAAAUGUCAUCAGUGUUUGAAUGUGAUGCAAUUCCAAACAAUCGACAAGAAAUACCUACUCCUGAAGUUGCAGCACAUUAUGCACACUUGCAGGAUUUUAGAGAGGACAUUCCAGUGCUAGAUCGAAGUGCCGGGAUACAAAUUCUGAUAGGCAGAGAUCUCAUCGAGGCCCAUCAUGUACACGAACAAAAGAUAAGCUCAACAAGAAACAUGCCAUAUGCGCAAAAAUUGGCUUUAGGUUGGGUUAUUGUGGGGGAAACUUGUUUGGGUAACUUGAAUAGCGAAGAUCUCCCGAGCUUGAAUGUAAACAAGACGUUGAUUGUUAAUGAAGGGAGGAAUUCAAUCCUGUCACCAUGUACCAACAGUUUUAGAUUGGAAGAACAGUACAGGCCAUUUUCAGAGAGCUGUCCCGAUACCGAAAGCGACAUUUUCAAGCGUGAAAAACAGGAUGAAAGACCAGGGUUAUCUAGAGAAGAUAGGGAGUUUAACCAGUUGAUGGAAGAAAGUUUUGUCAAGGGUCCUUCCGGUAAUUGGACUGCUCCAUUGCCGUUUAAGUCGAAUCGUAAGAAGUUACCAAGUAACAAGGGUUUGGCUGUUAGACGGGCACAGUUGUUGGAUACAAGUUUAAAGAAAAAUCCAACGAAGAAACAGCAUUUCGUAGAUUUUAUGGAGAACAUCUUAGAAAAGGGUCAUGCUGAAGAAGCACCUCCGUUACUACCUGGCGAAGAGCACUGGUACCUUCCGAUAUUCGGCGUCUAUCACCCGAAGAAGGUCGACCAAAUUCGGGUGGUGUUUGACUCCUCAGCGAAAUACGAAGGUGUUUCUUUGAACGACUUGUGGCUAUCAGGACCCGAUCUAACAAAUAACUUGCUCGGAGUAUUGCUACGAUUUAGAAAAGAAGCAAUUGCGGUUACUGCUGAUAUACAACAAAUGUUUUAUUGCUUUAAUGUACAUGAGAGCCAUAGAAACUUUCUUAGAUUCCUGUGGUACAAGGACAACGACACAACCAAAAAUCUCACAGAGUACCGAAUGAAAGUACACGUCUUCGGUAACAAGCCGUCACCGUCUGUAGCAAGCUACGGCCUUCGAAAGACAGCUGAAAUAAGUACUGAAGAAUUUGGUCAAGAGGUCACAAACUACAUACUGAACAAUUUCUAUGUUGAUGACGGUUUGACAUCGGUGCCUACAGAAGAGCAAGCAAUAGAGCUUAUCAAGAAUACUCAGUCAGCCUUGAGUAAGAAUGGCAACCUUCGUCUACACAAAAUUGCCUCAAAUAGUGUACAAGUGCUUGAUGCUUUACCACGUGAAGAUUUGGCAAAGAACCUAUCUGAUUUAGACCUCUCACACGGUGACAUCACUGACGUUCCUCUUCAGCGCAGCUUAGGUCUGUGUUGGAACAUAAAGGCAGACGCGUUCACUUUCCGUGUUUCAGAAGAGGAGAAACCUUUCACAAGACGCGGCGUUCUCUCUACGAUCAACAGCAUUUACGACCCGGUUGGAUUUGUAGCACCUGUGGUCAUUGUUGGAAAGUGGCUCCUUCGAGACUUAAUGGCUUCAAGUCAGGAUUGGGAUGACCCGCUUCCACUAGAUCAGUUUACAGUUUGGCAACAAUGGUGUUGCUCUUUGAAAAAACUGAACCAGUUAGAAAUUCCAAGGGCGUACCUGUAUUCAGUGAAGAGAGUAGCAAGGAAAGACUUACAUGUGUAUUAUGAUGCUUCCGAGAAGGCUAUUGCUGCUGUGGCGUACAUUGUUGGAGAAUCGACAGCUGGUACCAAGCACUCUAGUUUUGGUUUGGGAAAGAUAAAGGUAGCUCCUGUAAAUGGACACACUAUACCACGCCUUGAGUUAUGUGCUGCUGUGUUAGCAUCACAAGUCGCAAACACAGUCCUUACACAUAUUGAUAUUGACUUUGAUGAAGUUAAGUAUUUCUCAGAUAGUAAAGUUGUUUUGGGCUACAUAAGCAAUACAACUCGACGAUUUUACACAUAUGUCUCAAAUCGUGUGCAGAAAAUACUAACAAAUUCGCUUGCGGAACAAUGGAACUAUGUACCUACCCAUCUCAACCCAGCGGAUAUUGGUACAAGGGGUGUUUCUGCAGAAGACUUACCUGCAAGCUUGUGGUUGAAUGGUUCUAGCUGGAAACAACAUCAGGAACAGACUGACUUUCCUUUAGUUGCUCCAGAUGUGGAUUCAGAAAUUCGAGUGAAUGUGCUAGCAACCACGGUAUCAACUGAAAGUGCCCUAGAUUCAAGUCACUUUGAGAAGUUUUCUGAAUGGAAAUCUUUGAAAUCUGCCAUAACAUGUUUGCAGCAUGUAGCAGAAUCAUACCAUACCAAACAAUGUAAAGGCUGGCAUGUAGGAUGUAACACAAACUCCCAAAAGGCUGAAGCUUUUAUACUGAAGACUGUACAGAAAGAAGCAUUUUCAGAAGAAUAUGCCAAUUUGAAAGUAGGUAAACCUGUGAGCAAAAGCAGUUCUAUUGCAAGUUUAAACGCCUUCAUUGAUGAGAAGGAUGUGAUGAGGGUAGGAGGACGAUUAGAGAAAUCAAACUUAACAUUUGCGGAAAAACAUCCAGUCAUCGUUCCACGAAAGUGUCAUAUUGGCACUCUUCUUGUGCGUCAUUACCAUUCAAGUGUCAAACACCAAGGCAGGCACUUCACUGAAGGAGCCCUCAGAUCAAAUGGGUAUUGGAUAGUUAGUGGAAAACGCCUUAUAGCAUCUGUAAUACAUCAGUGCGUCAAGUGCAAAAAGCUUCGUGGACCACACACGCAUCAACUAAUGGCUGACCUACCAAGUGAUCGACUUUCACCGGCACCACCAUUUACAUAUGUCGGAGUCGAUUGUUUUGGCCCAUGGAACGUUGUUACCCGAAAGACACGAGGAGGUCAAGCAAAUAGUAAACGUUGGGCAGUGUUGUUUACCUGCUUAACGAUCAGAGCUAUACAUAUUGAGGUUAUCGAGGAGAUGUCAGGAUCCGCAUUCAUAAAUGCACUGCGUCGGUUCAUCGCUCGCUUCGGUAAUGUUCAAAUUAUUAGGUCAGACAGAGGAACCAACUUUGUUGGUGCAGCUAGUGAAUUGAAGAUUGAGACUGUCAAUGUUGAAGAUGGAUUGGUAAAGGAUCUUCUGAGAAAGAAGAACAUUCAAUGGGUUUUCAACCCACCACACGCUCCAAACAUGGGUGGAGUCUGGGAGAGACUUAUCGGUGUAGUGAAGCGCAUACUCAAUUCUAUACUCAGUGAAGCAUCUUACAAGAAUUUGACUCAUGAUGUUCUCUCAACACUAAUGGCUGAAGUCACGGCUAUUGUGAAUGCCAGACCUAUUGUACCUGUGUCUACUGAUGGCAGUGCUCCAGAGAUUCUGAGUCCUUCUACCAUCUUGACUCAGAAAUGGGACUUUACUUCGCAUCAGUUCGAACAUUUGUCAUUCGCCGACUCCUAUCGUGUCGCUUGGAAAAAUGUGCAGUUCCUAGCAAACCGGUUCUGGCAUCGUUGGAGGUUCGAGUACCUGCAGCUACUACAGCCUAGGCGCAAGUGGAACGUUGAACAGAGAAACAUUCGUGAAGGUGAUGUUGUACUCGUUAAAGACUCAGAUGUUGUCAGAAAUCAGUGGCCGUAUGGCAUUGUAGAAAAAGUUUUUGCCAGCGAAGAUGGCAAGGUUAGGAGUGUUCGAAUACAACGUGAUGGACAAACAACUACAUUAACAAGACCAAUAACUGAAGUGGUUCUUCUUGUUGGUAAUGUAUAAGUGACAUUUGUUGGCCUGAGUUUUUAAAAUGACUUAACUUUAAGGUGUCAGUGUGUUGACUAUUUUUUAGUAAUUAACUGUUUAAGUGACUUCAGUAGCAUUAAGUCUGAUAUGUGCUUGAUUUAAGUAUAUUUAGAUGCACAUAGAACUUUGUUUGCUCUGUUAUUUUUCAUUAUUAUGCAAUAGAAAGAAGUUCAUGAAUGUAAAUGUGAAUACUAUAAUGUUGCAAGGAGCAAUUAGUACACUUUCUUAAUGAAAAACAUGUUGUGGAUUCUUUUUUAAAAUAAUACCUCUUGAAGGUUUACUAAGAAGAUUUAUUAAGUAGUUCUUAUAGUAAAUAUUAUAAUGUUGAAUGCUUUGGGCUAUGUCUGUGGAAAUUUACUUUGUAAAUUGUUUAGAUAGAUCGAGUUUGUAUUUUUUUUAUAUAUAUUAUUUUUGUCUUCUUAAGUAAGGGCAUUAGUAAGGUUUUGUUUACAUUAUGAAAAUUCAGGUUAUUUUGACUUUACUUAAGGUGUCAUGAUAUAUUUUUUGUAUUAAGGUGUCACUUUCCUCUGUUAAGGUGUCACUUCUUAUGUAUAAUUGUUAGAGUGAUAUUUUUCAAUAUCAGACGGGGAGUGUGCUGGAAAGAUUGUUUCCUUAUUUUUCACUUGUUCGUUUCAAUCACCUGUCCCACGAUGUGUAACUCCUGCCUGUCUUUAGAUUUUAAUGUGAUGGUUGCUCGUAACCUUUUUUGGCAAUAUGGUACUUACUUAUUCACAAAUUUUGGUGUUUUCGACACAAUCUUGCAUAGAUUCUUGCUUUGUAGCCCUCACAGUAGUCAAACGCUGGUGAAGCCAAAGAAAAGAAAACUACAACUUAUGCUUUCAAAACCAUGGUGUCAGUGCUGAAGGUUUACAACAAGUUGCCAAAUGAAAGCCCAGGUUCAAAGUUUCGCUCUCUGUUCAAACUAUGGGAAAAGAAGUGUUGUUUAUUGUCAGCAUCAUCUCGACAUGAUUCACCCAAGACGCUGGUUGGUGUUGAAGAAGCAUUACCGUAAUCCUGUGUGUGGAGCUACCCAAUUCCCAGACCCAAGCCCUGUCACAACACUGUCUUUGUCCGAGGGGGCAUUAUUUAUUAAACAUAUAUGGAGACCAUCUACUAUUCAAGUAAUCAAAAUCUUGGAUAACUUAAAUUUUGCUUAAGCUGCAGAAAAAUAUCUUUACCUCAAAAAUGCAUUGCUGAAUAUAAAUUCAUUUUUAUUAUUUACAUUUCCUUAUUCCAUUUAAAACUAAUUGAGUCUUGGAGCAAUGUUAAGUUUAAACAUAAUAUGUUUACACUGCAGGUGUGUCAGUGUAAAUUUGCUACAGUGUGCUUUUACUGUUGUUAAGAAGAAGUUGUGCCCAGUCGAUUGCUGGUCAAACAACAGGCAUAUUUCAUUGUAAGGCCAAUUUGUGGCAAUAGUGUUGCAAAUAAGAAAACUCUUGCAGUCAGAAAUGCGCUUUUAAAAAAUAUAAAGUGACACUUAAACUGUAAGUUUGUAAUAAUAGUGACUUUAUGUGAUAUUAUUUUAAGGUAAGGUGAAUUGAAUGCUUAUAUCACGAUUACAUUAAUUUAAAUCCGUAAUUGGUAGGAGAGAACAUUGGACUUAAAUUUAUUUUCAAAUGACAUUCAUAUAUAUAUGUGUCUAUGAACAUGUCUUUUCUGUUUGUUAAAAUUUUGAUAUGUGGAUUUUGCCACCAACA